AUGAUCGCUGCCAAUCUGCUCAAGGCCGGUCUGAUGAUGGCCGGCGCCGUUGGUCCCGCCGUGGCCCAGGCUUCGUCCAUGCCCAUCACGGCGCCGAAGCAAGUCACAGUCGACACGGAAACCCAUGUGACCCUCGCGGAGAACCUUUUCACCUCUCCGGUCCGCAUCUACCUCACUCUCAGUCCCGCCCAGGGGAACGCCCACGAGGGCGACUGGGACAAUGUCUGCUACCUUGUCAACUCCACGGACGGAAGCAACACGGACGUCAAGUUCACAAUACCAGCCUUGGUGGCUCCGGAUGGUGCCAAGGUGCGGAUCAGCGUAGCGCCGACCGUCGCCGACCCUGAGCCCAACCCAGACAACGACCCUGACAAGCCCAUCUCAAGCAAGCAGUACUACUUUAGCGGCGAAGCCGUUCUGGAGGGGGGCAAGGGGAUCUGGAGCAAGCCGGAACUGGGCGGCUUUGAGAGGAUUGGCACUGCGGACCAAGUUCCUUGCACGGCGUACGACUGCGUGCGCCAGUGCGGAGUGAAGUACUACCUCAACGACUUUGACGGGGAGAACCCUUAUGCGGUCAAGUCUGUAUACGAGUGCAACGCGGCGUGCCCCGGUGUUACAAUGAAGUCGUGGGCUGAGGUGACUGGCCAGAGCACGCCGGAUACCCAGACUUCUCAGCAGGGCUCUUCCACAGCCAUGCCAACCGUCCCAAGUACCACGUCGACCGUGUCCCUGACGGCUUCAUCUACCGUAUCGUCUAGCUCGACGCCAUCAACUUCUGCAUCGUCAUCCUCUACGUUCAGUAUUAGUAGUGAAGGAAGCUUUGUUUCGACUUUGAGGGCGGCAAUAAGCUUUCUCGGGGCCUUGCUUAUACUAUAA